AUGUCGUUUAUCGCGUCCGUCAUCGAGCACCGCCCUCCCCCGAAGGCGCCGGAGCUCCCGCGGGGCCGACACCCCGGCGGGGCAACUCAAAGGGCCUCCACCCCGGGCCCGGAGGCCGUGGACUACUUCGUCGAGCGCCUUCUACCGCGCUGUGCGGUCAAUAAAGAGGUGAUCUACUUUUUGCUGCGAUGGCUCUCCUGCGACUGCGGUGGGGAUGACAAUCGCAGCAGCUCGGGCGCCGCCGCGGCGUUUUUCAACCCCGGCAUACGCGAAUGGAUGGGGCGGAUUAGCGACUUUGUUAAAGGCGACCUCGAAUAA